AUGCUCGCUCAACCCGAAAUCCAAAAAAUUCGAGAUGCCCUUGGUUAUGAAGGACUAUCUGGACCUGGUAUCUUAGAAGCUCUCACGGCUGCUGGAGCCGAUAACAAUAACUUAGAUGGAAACAAGAGGCUUGCCCAAAUGGGGACCUCCCUUAUCGAAUACCAAGUUAUCGAGAUGGGAUACAGAACAAUGAUGAGCAGAGCCAAGAUAACGCGCAUUCAAUCCACUUUGGCAACAGCGGAUUAUCGAGCACUGGUAGCCAAACACCAAGGCAUUGACCAAUACAUCAAGUACAGCCCCUCGGCAGGGAGCCAAGCAACCAGCGUUCUUGCUCAAGCUGUAAGCGCUCUUAUAGGUGUUUUACACCUUGAAUCCCGGGACCCUGAUGUCACUCGGGAGGGAAUGCUAUGCCUGGGAUUCUUGAGCAUAGUCUCCGGGGAUUUUGAAAAGCCAAUAUCCGAUCAUAUGAUCCUCGCCCCCAAUGAACCCGACUUCAAUCUCUUUCUCGACAUACUGGAGGAGUCGCAGGGUGACCUGGUUCGACAAUUUAGCACUGCUGCCGACAAGAUUGUUCGUCAUUUGAUUUACGAGGACAUGGAUCAUCCCGAACCUUUCCACUUGGAAGUCAUGGAUGCCAAAGAAAUAUUGGAGCAUCCUAAGGGUUCGCCAGGCCUCCUUAGGAUUCUGAACUGA